ACUGCGAGACGAGCCACCCGCGCGUCGUGCAGUGCUCGGCCCGCUAUUUGUGAGUGGAAGAUUUGACGCGGAUGCUGUGCCGUAAUGGCCGGUGACUUGUGAAACCGCGACUCGGCGAUUCCGCCGAUUUACCGAUGUGACGUAUACGUGACCCGGAAAGUAUGGUCGGGAGAGCUUGACGUGCGUCGUUUCCUUUGUUUACUCGUCCAUUCGCCCGCGUCCCCGUCUUUUCGUACCAGACUAAUCACCGUGUGGAAAGUGUCGCUGUGCGUGUGAUUUGUUCUAUUUCGGUACUAAUAAAAUCUCGUAAGAAACUUAACGAGACUUGGGACAAAGUUGGUUUAAAUGCUGCCGAAAAUGAUAAACCUUAUGUUGCCGCAAGAAACCAGGUGUGGAGCAUGAUGAAGCAUAGGGUGUGCUACAGAAGUGUGUGAUGACAGUGGCAGCCCUCUAGUGCACCAGGACAAGUAACUCAUUUCUGUGACUGAACUGUUGUUUCGACACUCAUGGACAAGCGCAAGAUGUUGCCGAAACGUCCUCGCAUGGAUAAUUUGCGUGGCCCGAUUGCCAAUGGCCCUAUGCAGACUCGUCCUCUCGUGGCCCUCCUGGAUGGUCGUGACUGUUCAAUUGAGAUGCCGAUUCUGAAAGAUGUUGCUACUGUAGCAUUCUGUGAUGCACAGUCAACGUCAGAAAUACAUGAAAAGGUCCUAAAUGAGGCAGUUGGUGCCCUAAUGUGGCACACAAUAAUAUUAACAAAAGAAGACCUGGAAAAAUUUAAAACACUAAGAAUCAUUGUGCGAAUUGGAAGUGGAGUUGACAACAUUGAUGUCAAGGCAGCUGGGGAGCUAGGUAUAGCUGUGUGCAAUGUCCCGGGAUAUGGUGUAGAAGAAGUGGCAGAUACCACACUUUGCCUCAUCCUGAACCUAUAUAGACGUACGUAUUGGCUUGCCAAUAUGGUGCGUGAAGGAAAAAAAUUCACUGGUCCGGAACAAGUCAGGGAAGCAGCCCAAGGAUGUGCAAGAAUACGAGGGGACACGCUUGGCAUUGUUGGUCUCGGUAGAAUUGGUUCAGCUGUUGCUUUACGUGCAAAAGCUUUUGGCUUCAAUGUGAUUUUCUAUGACCCUUACUUGCCUGAUGGCAUCGAAAAGUCCCUUGGGCUUACUCGUGUUUAUACCCUGCAGGAUUUACUAUUCCAGUCAGACUGUGUGUCGCUGCAUUGCACUCUAAAUGAGCAUAACCAUCAUUUAAUAAAUGAGUUCACCAUCAAACAGAUGAGGCCAGGGGCCUUCCUGGUGAACACGGCACGUGGUGGCCUCGUGGAUGAUGAUGCCUUGGCUACAGCACUAAAGCAAGGUCGCAUACGUGCUGCAGCACUUGAUGUUCAUGAGAAUGAACCAUAUAAUGUAUUCCAAGGUCCACUGAAAGAUGCGCCGAACUUGCUGUGUACACCUCAUGCAGCGUUCUACUCGGAUGCGUCGUGCACAGAACUGCGCGAGAUGGCAGCCAGUGAAAUAAGGCGGGCUAUCGUUGGACGUAUUCCUGACUGCCUACGCAAUUGUGUGAAUAAGGAAUACUUCCUGGGAGGGACAGCUGCCGCUGCCGCAGGUUACGCUGAUGGCAUGAAUGGUGGUUAUUACACUGGAGCACUGCCUGUGCAGCAGGCACACUCAACAACACCACACGACCAGGUGCCACACUCAGUAGCAGCUGGUGCUGGUGGCGGCGCGGCAGGUGCAGGAGCAGGCGCUGUCCCUGGCCUUCCUCACAGUAUACCUCUGAAUACACCAGACCCAUCUAACCACCAUUCGCAGAAGCCAGAGCCGUCAGAAGUGCAUUAACAGGGUACACCCUGAAAAUGCUCCCACAGGCCCAGUAAAGGAGAAACUUAUCCUACGAGGAGGAAAAAAUUCAUGUCUUUGUUGAUUUUUGUAAUUGAAUGUUUAAGGAAAAACCAGAAGUUAACGAUUUUUCCCAUCUCCUGCACAAUAUCGCCUUCAGAAGAAUGAAGAGUUUCCAGGAGCCAUAUUAACAUUCACAUCUUCAUAUCUACUGGUGAUACAGCAUGUUCUUUAUUCUGAGUGUGUGUGAGUGGAAGAAACUGGUGAACCAAAAGUGGCCAGACUUUUGAUCUGUGACUUGUAGGAAAGGGUUGAAUGUUAGACAUACAGAUGUAGCCCUGGUGUUCCUCCAUUUUCUGCUACCUGGGUGUUCCAGCACUGGAAAACUUAAAUAAGUUCGCAUUUUCUACAUAAGGAAUACAACACAGUAUUGUUUCUGCAGUUUCAGAUAUUAAAUCUGUAAAUCAUUCUAAUUGUUUGUCGUGUUUGGACAGUGCAAUUUGAUAUAUGUACAAAUUGCGAUGUCUGUGUUGGACAGUGAUAAAGAGGCAUUCUGACACAUCACUUAGUGUAAAAUUAAGAUGAGAAGUUCUCUGAGAAAUAGUAGUAAGAGUGAUAAGAUAGAAAUAAUUGAUUUUUAUUGUAAUAAUUCAUUUUUAGUUCUAAAUGAACAACAUUCAUUUUGAGGAGACACAUUUUUUAAUGAUUUGAAGAAAUUGUUCUUGAGAUGCUCCACUUCAUCUACUUUCUGUUAAAUAAGAAUGAAGACAUGCUUAUUCAGCAUUGCCUCCAUGAAGCAUUAUUAUCGAAGACAGAUGCAGUAGCAUGGCAAUUGGAACCAAAAGUGUAAAGAUUUUCUCAUGUAUGUAUAGUUUCUGCAUUUAUAUUUGCAAAUGUACAUUUUGUUCUUCUCACAUUUGUGUUGUCAGGUAAUAAAAUGAUGCAUCUGUUUUUGAUAACUGUUCACACAUCAGCUGCUGUUGAGUAAAAGGCAACACUAUACUUCUCAUGGUUUCAGUGUUCGAGUGUUUAUAAAAAAUAGUCUAGGUCUCUCAAUAAUGUUUGUUAAAUACUUUUGACGAAUUCUGUGGUGUAGAGAACCAAAUUUAUUACCAAAAUGCUGAAAUAAGGAUUUUAUUGCAUGUGGAAACUGUGCAAUACUGCUUUUGUUCAUUUGGAUAUUGGUAAAAAGUACAUGAAUUUUUAGAAUACAGUUUUUUUGUUUUGUUUUAAGAUAGAUCAGUUGUGAAUCAUAUUAAACCAUUUCUGAAACCCCACAUUUAAAAGUUGUGCAUGUGUAUACUGUGAAAAAUUCAGAAAUGCUGUUUAGUUCCAAUUUGUGAAAUUACCAGAUUUUGAAUAGUGCCACUUAAGUAUUGAAGAGUUGUCACUAAAUGAGCUGUCAUUUGUUUUUGUAGCCAUCAUAAAAAGUAAAUAUCAGUCGAAUGAAAUAACUCUUCAGAUAAAAUUCAUUUCAGUCUAAUUUUAGUGCCCAAGUAGUAAUAAAUAUGGGGUUUCACAACUGUAGCAAUUUUAGUGACAUUUUUGUAUCACUUAUAUGCCCAAAUAUAAUUAACUUUAUUUCUAAA